AAACAAACAAUAUGUUUACGGAGUUCUUUCUUAUUUUAACAAGUGUAUUUAUUGCCAUAUAUUUUUGGCAGAAGCGACUUCAUAGUUUUUGGGAACGCAAUGGGGUGAAGUCCAUAAAGUCCGAGCCCAUAGUCGGAAGUUUCCGCACUUUUCUUAGUGGCAAAGUCCCGUUUUUCGAGCAGCUGAGCCUGUUUUAUAAUACACCUGGAUUUGAGAACGAACCAUUGAUUGGUGUUAAUUUGGUGAAGGGUCCGGGAGUAGUUAUUCGUGAUGUGGAGCUCGCUAAAACCGUGAUGAUCAAAAAGUUCAAUUUCUUUACAAAUCGAUCUAUGAGAACUGAUCCGAUUCAUGACGCAUUGGGUGCCAACACUCUCUUCUUCUCGCGCAAUCCCGAAUGGAAGAAUGCAAGAAGUAAACUCACUCCGAUAUUUACUAGUGGCAAGAUCAAGCAAAUGUAUCCUCUGAUGUUGGAAGUAGCCAAGGAACUGGAGAAAACAGUGGAGAAAGUGUCUUCUGAUUCUGCUGUUCGCAUUAAGGAUAUUUGUGCUCGAUUCACUAUUGAUAAUAUAGCAACUAUAGCCUUUGGAAUCAAGGCCAACACGUUGAAAGACAGGAAUAGCGAGUUCUACAAGUUUAGCACAGACUUCUUUAACUUCAGCUUAAUGCGCGUGAUUGAUAGUUUCAUAAUUUUCAUGCUGCCCGCUUUGGCUUCCCUUGCCCGUGUCAAGAUAUUCUCGAAGGGAACCCGAGAUUUCUUUAUUCGUACCAUAACAUAUGCUAUAAAUGAGCGUGAGAAAUCUGGAGUUCAUCGCAAUGAUUUGAUUGACAUCCUGGUUGCUAUGAAACAAGAAGAUGAUGCUAAAUCAGUAAAGUCAAAGAAUAGGACUCCCGAUUUGGACCAUCUCGUGGCUCAUGCGGCUAUUUUCCAAUUAGCGGGCUAUGAAACUAGUUCAUCUACCAUGACCUUAACUCUUUAUGAGCUAGCACUAAAUCCCGAUUGUCAGGAACGCGUUCGUGCCGAGAUUAAGGAUUAUUUUGGAGAUCAGGAUCACAUUAGUUAUGAACGCCUUCAGGAAAUGCCUUACCUUGGCCAGGUUCUUAAUGAGACCCUAAGGAAAUAUCCGGUUGCUGGGUUCGUUGAGCGAGAAUGCGCCCAACCGGAGACUGGAGAGAAGUUUACGCUCAAACCUUACUAUGAUGUGGAGGUACCCAGUGGCACACCUUUCUAUGUUCCCACCUUAGCCAUUCACCGCGAUGAAAAGUACUGGCCAAAUCCUGACAAAUAUGAUCCAGAGCGCUUUGCGCCUGAAAAUCGCAACAACAUCAACAUGGAUGCCUAUAUGCCCUUUGGCAUCGGUCCUCGGAGCUGCCUUGGCAUGAGACUUGCUCUUCUGCAGACGAAACUGGGUUUGGCUCACUUUUUGCGCAAUCACAGUGUAAAUAAGUGCGACAAGACUGUCGACUCAUUCAAGUUCCAAAUUAACUCUCCGGUUAUGUCUUCCGCUGUCGAUCUUUUGGUGCAAUUGCAAAAAGAAUAAGAUGCCGUCUACAACUUAACUGAGGAUUAGUUCUUCAAUAAAUAUAUUACUACAGCAGCAACAAAAUGAAUGAAUAUUGAACUUUUAUCAAAGGUAAAUACCC